AUGCUGCUGCUGCUGCUGCUGCUGCAGACCUCGCUCACACCGUGGGGGAGGGGGAGUAUGUGUGUAUCGUGUACGUGUGGCCGCGUGGGUGGAUGGACGGGUGUGGUUGGUAUAUCUCCGGCUGCAGCUGUACCUACAUGUCCAUACGCCAAUUCAUCCAUCCAUUCACCCACCUCACCCAGCCAGACGGACCUAGGACUUACCGUAUACAACCACCACCACUCAUCCGCACACGCGCACAUGUAUAUAUACAUGCAUGUACACAUGCCUCCUCCCAACGACACCUUCCCUCUCCAGCCACGGACCGAGUGGCCCGCAUGCACAUCGCUGGCGCAAUAG